UGGACUUCGGCUGAGCAAGAUUGACUGCUGCAAAUACAGUGUCCCUGAUUGAAAUGCGUCCGAGGUUUUGCAUUCCACUUAUGGUACGCGCUGCCUUUGCAGAGUUUGUUGGGACCUACGUUUUAGUUGUUAUCGGCAACGGAAGUGUAGCGCAAGCUCAGCUAACUCAUGGCCAGAAAGGGGACUAUUUCGCCGUCAACUGGGGCUGGGCUUUAGGCUGUAUGUUAGGCAUCUUGGUAUCGGCCAACGUAUCAGGUGGCCACUUAAAUCCGGCAGUGACGCUGGCCCUGGCCAUUACUCGUAAGUUUAAAUGGAAGAAACUUCCAAUCUAUUGGCUUGCGCAAUAUCUGGGUGCUCUGGCCGCGUCUGCAACAGUUCUUGGCGUUUAUUACGAGGCAAUCAUGGAAGGCAGAGUAAAUGGAGAAUUUCGCAUUCAAAAAAAUCCGGCUGACCCAGGAACGGCGGCGAUCUUUGCUAAUUAUCCAGCUCCAUAUUCGUCGUCGGGUCUCUGUUUAGUUGAAGAGAUUGUGGCUACUAUGAUUUUCAUGUUAGUCAUUUGUGCGACAACAGACAAACGAUAUUCUAAGGUUCCUGCCUUCUUGCAACCUUUCUAUAUCGGCUUCGGCUUGUUAUCCAUGGGAUUAUCCUAUGGGGCCAACAGUGGUUACGCUUUAAACCCGGCUCGCGAUUUGGGACCUCGCAUAACAUCGUACUUAGGCGGAUGGGGCUCUGGAGUCUUUAGUUUCAGAGAUUAUAACGGGUUUUGGAUUUUCAUCGCCGGGCCCCAUAUCGGAGCCAUUUUAGGAGUCUGCAUCUUUGAGCUUCUUAUAAAGCUCCGCCCAUCCGACAAAACCGAUCUAAUGAAGGUCGAGCAUGAAGAACAAAUACAACGGAAGGAACAAGAACGACUCGAGAUCGAAUUAAGCAACGUUAAAGCCAUACGUGAGGAAUACCAUGCUUCACCAGUGGUCGAGUUGCCAAGGAUAGGCCUACGUUGGUAGGCCAUCUAUGGAGGAUGAUGUGAAGCUUGCUCUUGUAGCAGCAUCCGAUUGACGACAAAGUAUCGAUCUUCCUUUAAUAUCGAUAACAUGUUGGAUUGAGUAGCCGUAAGAUUCCGAUGUCGAGAUGACCGCUCUAACUAUUGUAAUUAGCCUCCACGUAACCUACGAAAAAGCACAUGUCCUAGAAGAAAAAUCCACCCUAAUAAAUUAACACCCCGGAACUAAUUAUUUUUUCGUCGUUCAUAGAUUUUUGAAAACCUAAAUACUUAGCUUGUUCACGUUAUGUAAAAGAUGACAUUGAGUUAUUUUCAAGGGGACCGGGAAAUACACUCUCGUUUUGCCAUAUAA